AUGAGCACAGCAACGACGAAUGGCGCCAGCAACGGCGCUGCGCCGAAAGAUGAACCCGUGGAGAAGAAAGAGCCGAAUGGCACCGUUGAUGCCGGGUUGAAGAGCUUGGAGCAUUACAAGCGCGCCCUCCCCCGAUGGCGGUACAGGCUGCGCCAGCGCCUGCUGCCCAUCGUGCGCUGGGAGACUCCUCACCUUGCCCGUCUGCAGCGCGCCCUGCGCACACCUGCCCUUGACUACUACUUCGCAUGGACGGCGAACCUCGGUACACAUACUUUCUUCAUGAUCAUGCUGCCUGUGUUGUUCUGGUGCGGCGAGCCGGCUUACGGCAAGGGGAUCGUCCACAUCCUCGCAACAGGCGUUUUCUUCACCGGCUUCAUCAAAGACAUGUUCUCUCUCCCCCGCCCCCUGUCCCCUCCCCUCCACCGUAUCACCAUGUCUGGCUCGGCCGCCCUAGAGUACGGCUUCCCCUCCACCCACUCCGCCAACGCCGUCUCCGUCGCCGUCUACUCCCUUCUCAAACUCCGCGAACACUCCGCCGCCUUCUCCCCCUCUACAGCCCUCGCCCUCGAAGUGCUAGCCUACUUCUACGCCGUCUCCAUCGUCUUCGGCCGCCUCUACUGCGGCAUGCACGGCUUUUUGGAUGUGAUCACCGGCUCUGCCCUCGGCGCGCUGAUUUCACUCAUCGAGUUCCAUUGCGCUCCGUGGAUCGAGGAAUGGCUGCAGUCCUCGUCUUACCUUGCCCCCCUGACAAUUGUGCUGUUCAUCCUCCUCUUCGUGCGCAUCCACCCCGAGCCGGCAGAUGACUGUCCCUGUUUCGACGAUAGCGUCUCUUUCGCCGGCGUGAUGAUCGGCCUGGAACUCGGAACAUGGCGCUUUGCGCGGUAUUCACCGCUCGCUCCAGUCUACGUCGGCACAAACCCGACCUUCGACCUCUCCGCCCUCACAUGGCCCGUCGCGUUGGGACGUAUCGUCCUCGGCAUCGCGGUGAUCGUCUCCUGGCGGGAGGUGAUGAAACCCACGCUUUUGAAACUCCUUCCCCAUUUGUAUCGCGUCUUUGAAACCUACGGGUUGUCAUUGCCAAGAAAAUUUUUUACCCCCGCCAGUAAAUACAAAGACGUCCCGCUCCGCGGACUCAAGGAUGAUAAUGUCCUCCCGCACGUCGCGGACGUGGCGAAAGCCGUCAAAAGUAUUCGUGGCCCCGGCAGGGGCAGAGCGGUGAGUGUAGGCCCGCAGAGUGCCGCCGAUGCGUAUGAGACAUUAGCGUGGAGAGAGAGGAAGAGGAGGGAGAGUUUGAGCCGGGAAAGAAAUGCGUUGAAGAGUAAGAAGAGUGUGGGGGGGCUGCAGAAGGGGGAGCAACAAGUGGAGUGUAGGCAGGUGAGUGGGGUGAGGAGUGGCGGACGGAAAGAGGAGUUUGAGCAGGGGGAGGUUGUGGAGGUUGUUAGCGAGGGGGAGCUGGAGCUGGAGGAGGAGGAGGAAUUGUUGGAUGAGAAGGACGUGUUUAGUCGGGUGGUAAAGCCAAGGGUGAGGUAUGAUGUUGAGGUGGUGACUAAGUUGGUUGUUUAUGCUGGCAUCGGAUGGCUCAGUGUCGACCCAAUCCUCAUCCUAUUCGAGCUGAUUGGCCUGGGGACGGGACAGUACCCUGGCUUGAACCUCAGAUAA